AUGUCAGGAGCAAAGCGAGCCUAUUUCCACAUCAGAAAUAUUGGGCUAAUAAGGCGGUACCUCGACCAGCAUUCAACCAUCGCACUUGUCCAGGCUCACGUAACAUCCCGCCUGGACUACUGCAACUCCCUCCUCUUUUGGCUUCCCAACCAUCUGAUCAAGAAACUGCAACAAGUGCAGAACACCGCAGCAAGAGUUGUCCGCAGGAAGAGGAAAUUCGACAACAUACAACCAGUCCUGCAGGACCUACACUGGCUGCCAGUGCGCUACCGGAUACAGUACAAGAUACUUGUACUGGUGUUCCUGUCCCUCCAUAACAAAGCACCAGAUUACCUCAGCAGUCUGCUCACCAGAUACCACCCACCGAGGACACUGCGCUCAUGUGACAAGUUUCUCCUAACUGUACCCUCCUCCCGUUUGGCGACCGCUCUUUUGAACGUGCAGGACCCCUUCUCUGGAACAGUCUCCCACUUGACAUAA